AUGUCGAGCCGGCCCGCCGGCCGCCGCUCGUCGGCGUCGGCCACGGCGGAGACAGCCGGCGCUAGGGUUGCCAAGGCAGCGUCGGUGGAAAGCAGGCGGGCCGCCUUGGGAGAUCUCACCAACGUUGUCGGCGGGAGGAGCGGCGCGGCCGAUGCGUUAGCCUAUGUGAAGAAGGGGAGUUCUGCUAGCCUUCCCAACGUGAACAGGAAAGUGGCUUCUGCCACAAAACCAACUUUCGACCGGUUUGAGCGAGCAAUAUCGCACCAUGGCAAUGCCCUUAAGAAGGAGAAUCCCGGCCUGUCUCAUGAUUCUGUUUCUAUGGAGGACGAUAUGCUAACAUGCAAUUCAGUGGAAAGCCCUGGUCCUCCAUUCCUUGACAAUGCAGCUUCUUCAGUGGCAACUUCCUUGCGCCGUUGUGCGAAUGAUAAACUUCCUGUAUCUGACAAUAGGGAUACCACAGUAUCUAGAUGGAGAAAACAUUGUCCUACCCCAAUCGAAAAUGACAAUAUCUUUGAGAUUGAAACGCACUGCAAGGAUCCAGAACUGUGUUCAACUCUUGCUUGUGACAUUUACAAACACUUGCGUGAAGCUGAGGCCAAGAAAAGGCCUUCACCAGAUUUUCUGGAAACCACUCAGAAGGAUAUUGACACAAGCAUGAGGGCAGUACUUAUAGACUGGCUUGUGGAAGUCACAGAAGAAUAUCGUCUUGUUCCUGAAACCUUAUACCUCACAGUCAGUUAUAUUGAUCGGUAUCUUUCUAGCAAAGAGAUCAAUCGAGAUAAGCUGCAGUUACUUGGUAUCGCCUGCUUGCUUAUAGCUGCUAAGUAUGAAGAGAUAUGUCCACCCCAAGUAGAAGAGCUCUGCUAUAUUACCGACAAUACAUACAUAAAGGAUGAGGUUCUGCGAAUGGAAGCUUCUAUCCUGGGUUGCUUGAUGUUUGAGAUGACUGCACCUACAGAAAAAUGUUUUUUGAGGAGAUUUCUGCAUGCUGCUCAACUAUGUCAUGAGGGCCCAGCUUUGCAUCUUGAGUUCCUAGCUAGCUACAUUACUGAGUUGUCACUUCUGGAGUACAGCUUACUUUGCCAUGUACCUUCACUGAUAGCUGCCUCUUCAAUUUUCUUGGCGAAUUUUAUCCUUAAGCCAACAAAGAAUCCUUGGAAUACCACUCUUUCCUAUCACACACAAUACAAACCAUCCACAUUACGCGAUUGUGUAAAGGUACUACACCGGCUUUUCCGUGUUGGCCUUGGAAGCAACCUCCCUGCAAUUAGAGAAAAGUACAGCCAACACAAGUACAAAUUUGUAGCGAAGAAGUACUGCCGGCCAUCGAUUCCAGCCGACUUCUUCCAAGAUGCUAGCAGUUAGAACUUGGAGCACCAGAUCAGGUUCGGUUACUCAUUCAAGUCUUCCGGUGGCUGGUGGCCCGAAGUUGCUAGGCUGAUUUGUACAGAUUGCUGUGCAUGCAGGACAUACCGACACCAUUGUUGUUAGUUGAUUGGUGGUAUAUUGUACAUUGUUGGCAAAACCUGUGCAGCUAUGUUUAUUUGAUUGGAAGGAGGCAAUGUUCGUGAUGCUGUUUGUAGUUUCUCCCCCACAUUUAAAUGCUUAGCUGCUGCUCUGUUUCUUGGGUAUGUAGUGUACGUCAUAGUCCAGUCAUAUCUCGUCACACCUUGCUUGUUCGAUAUGUUUCUUGGAGUGUGACGUCAAAACAAAGAUGAAUGUGUUGACUAUAGGCAGUUGCCUAAGAACCGCACUAGCGGUGGUUAUUCUAAA